AAAUAUUAAAUCAAGCAACAACAACAACGCAUGAAGUAAUUAAAUCCAUUCGGUGGGAUACUAAAGCCUACCUUUUGAUCCAGCAUGGUGAACUGGAAGCACAGCCCAAACAGCAUUACCGUUUCCUGUACCGCAAUGAUCGACAAUCGUGUGAUGUCUCGGAGAUGUUUUUCGCUUAGCACAUGCUCCAGUAUGUCGUACGUGCAGAACGAUACGUUGAACAUGAGAUGCAGUAUCACAAGGAUUAGCUUAAGGCCAAUCACCUCCGAGAGAUGGUUCUUGCAGCCGUCCAGCACCGUCAACUCACUGAUAAUGGCGUGAAAUGGACGCACACGCAGGCUGUGCUGCAGAGUCGCGUACGCAUUGGAAAGCGUUUCCGCAAGCAGCUGACAAAGCAACAGGUUCAGCAGGAUGUAAUGUUCGACCAGGACGCCGCUAAAGACUCCCAGGGAGUACGAAUACUGACGACUUUGGUAGAUUUUGUACAGCGCUUCGGAUAUGGAGAGAACAUUGCAGAUUAGUAGUAUCACUAGCUGUAGUUUUUUGACGGAAAAUUGGCUGCCCGUCCGCCCAGUGAAGGCACUGCCCGGUAUGGUGUGAAGUAGCGAGAGUAGGUGAAACCGUUGCCGAAAGUUGUCGCAAAUCAGCAGCACCACAAUGAGCACUGUUACCAGCAGCCGGGCAUAGAUCGUGAAGAGGUUAAGGCUGAUGGUGUGCUGGUCCUUUCUUCGGUGCGUUGUCCAGGGGUUAAGGAACGCCAGCACCAAAAUCACGACCAGCGGCAGUAGCAACUGCACACGUGCUCGGGAUAUUUUGUAGCCAACCGCGUGCUGGUGGCCUUUCGUGGGUCGUACCGUACGCACAUUGCAGAUGAGCAGGGUGUGAAAAAUGUUCAACACUUUUAGCAUUGCUUUCCACACACACACACACACGCGCGGAUGGGAGAUGGGUGUAACUAAACGCAUCGGGCCAACACGCAACCUUGCAAUGUGGCCUCAUCGCGUUUGCGACGUUGAUAAGCGAGCACUUUAAUCAAUUACCAAAUUAAUUAUGAACGGGUGGGGCCCCCCUAAACCUCCAAUAACCGAGCGACCCUCACGUAAUCGUUCGGCAGUGUGUGUGUGUGUGUGUGUGUCUUGGACGGAGAUGUGCUCCAGUUUUCUUGUUUUGCAGCGCUUGAGGGUAAAGCCACCAGCACAACAGAGUCGAAUAUGCCGCGCUACCUGUUGCAGCAUGGCCUACUAGCACACUACAAGCAAGAAACCUAUCCCAAACGCGCACAACGCUGCGCUAAUGGGAGCGGCGUUUGGGGGCGCUGGUGUGCUAAGUGCCGGGGGUCCCACAAUAUCGGGCUAAUGAGUGUUUUGAUGUGAUUGUUUAAUGGUGUGGUGUGGAGCGUGCCUGCGCCAAAACGGGAAUACUGGCCUCUCAGGUUGGGGAAGGGGGUCGGUAACAGAUUUGUAAAAGGUUUGAUAGCGAGGCGCACAACACGCCGCCAAGUGCGCUAAUGUGAAGAAAGCCCUUCGCAGUCCGAGAGGGUCGAAGUGCUCCAAAAUAAUGACCCACCGGUUACAUGAUCUUGGUGAGCCAAAGGGGGGAAUAAGCCAACGUUUGCCAAAAAGCUGCCUUCAAACGGGAGCGAAAGAGCAUCCAGUUUGGCAUGCUCGACGCCGAGCAUGCUGCUGCGGCUUAUUACAUCGGCAUGCGCGAGAGCGAGCCACGAGCUGCACUGGUACGGUCCAUGUUUGGGCAGCUGGCCACAGAGGGUCGGGUCGGUUUUCCCACCCAUUCCGUUUGGGUUGGAUGAGAUGCACACACACACACACCCUGGUAGGCUGGCAGGCAAACGCAUUUCGUUUCGAGCGCUUUGUGUUCGGGCAUAUGAGUGCUUCUAUUACUUUUCUCCCGCCAAGAAGAGGACGACGACGAAGAUGUUACGGUAAUCAAAAAUACCUUUCGCCGCAGUGUACUUUCCCCUCCUUUCCCGCAAAGGGAGGGGUGUUUGACUAACUGCAUGCGAGGAUUUCCAAACCUCACAUAGACAACAGCAAAACAGAGCCCGCGUUAGAGUUGGUAGGGUUUUUUUUUGUUUGGCGCGAACGGAUUGAUUAUCUCGCCUGAUGCUAUCAAUCCCCAUUAUCGUCGUAUCUUGCCUCGGAAAACAUGCGUACGAAAAAAUGGGGAGGUGGCAGGUAUGAGGACGUCUGUUGGCCUACUGCUUGCAGCUUCGGCGAGGUAGGAGGAGGACUUUGGCGUAGACGGCUAAGGCCAAUACUUAAAAGCCGGCGUUUUCGUAACGGCACGGUUCAGUCGCGAUCGGUCCGGCCGGGUGGGUAGAGACUGUGCCCCUACGCUUCAGCAGACGAUUCCGAAGCAUGACGAUGGGUUGGCAGAUGGCGCUGCUGGUGCUGUUGCUCGGUGCAGUGGCUGGGCAGGCGCGUGUUCUCGGCAGCAGUCGGCGGAUUCGGGACUACGAUUUUGAUUUUUCGCAUCUCGGCGAAGCGCUGUACGGCAAUCACGAUAAGGCGGCGAUCGGCGAGCUGGUGCGUGCGUGGUCCCGAUCGCACAACGGCAGCAGCGUCAACCCGGAAGAGCUCGGCACGUACGCCGAGGGUGACAUCCAUCAGCCACUGAUCGAGCGCAAUGCGCUCAAGUUCACCAGCAGCAAGUGGAAGAAGGGCAUAGUGCCGUACGAGUUUAGUGAGGAGUUUUCGAUCGGUGACCUUACCAAGCUGUUUUCGGCGUUCGAGCAGUUCCACCAGAAAACGUGCAUCCGCUUUGUGCCGCACACGAAGGAGCGGGACUACGUGGUGAUCGAGGGCCGCAGCUCGGGAUGCUGGUCGGCGGUCGGGCGGAUGGGUGGCCGGCAGGUGCUGAAUCUGCAGCGCAACGGCUGCUUGCAGAUGGAGGGCACCAUCGUGCACGAGCUGAUGCAUGCGCUUGGGUUUCUGCACGAGCACACGCGGUACGAUCGGGACCGGUACGUGAACAUCUUCUUCCGCAACGUGCGCCCGAACCUGGUCAGCAACUUUGGGCGCGAAAGUGAGUCGCAAACGACGACGCUCGGCAUGCCGUACGAUUAUGGCAGCGUUAUGCACUACUCCAGAACGGCGUUCAGCAAAAACGGCAAACCGACGGUCGAGCCGAAGAUCAAGUACAGUGGGCAGCUGGGCCAGCGCGUCGGCUUUUCGGCGAAGGAUGUACAGAAAAUCAAUAAGCUCUACUGUCAUCGGUAAGGCAGCGCGGGGCCAGUUGCACAACAGUGGCGGCUGCAAGCCGGGGCCCCAGCUCUUACCUAAGAAUGAAUGAACCAAAAACGACGUGUCUUCUGAGAUACGGUCAAGAAGAGGCAGGUGUGAGUGUGUGUAUACAUUAAUGUUAGCUGGUAGUAAUAGGUUAACGAGCGAAACGAAAACGAAACAAAUCAUCUGAAAAUCGGAAAA